AUGACUACUGUCCGCCCCACCCCCUCCCAGAUCAUAUACUACGACGACCCAGAAGCGAUCCACCAUAUACCCGCGGUCAACGCAGACGCAGCGAUCUACUAUGGUGGGUCUGCUGCAAACCUCUCCACGCGCUCGCGGACGUUCUCGAAUGCCGCUCACUUGAGUAGGCGGCAGGCGGCCGAGAGCGGGAGGAGAAGGAUGUCGCAUGACGAAAAGCCCGCUUCGGGUGGUCGCAAGUUCCUGAUUGAUGUUGAGGAUACAAUACGGCUUAUCCUCGAGCAGGAAGAUACUGACGGAGACUUCCAAAUAAGCAUAACCGAUUCGGGUCCGAAGGUCUUGACGCUGGGAACUGCUACGAGCAAUGGGUACAAGAGCUUUGAUGUUCGGGGUACCUAUAUGCUUUCGAAUCUCCUGCAAGAGCUCGCCCUUGCACGAGACCACGGACGGAAGCGUAUCGUACUGGAUGAAGCGCGACUUACUGAGAAUCCCGUCGAUCGGCUAUCUCGAAUGAUUCGCUUCUCUUUCUGGCACGCGCUUACGCGCAGAAUCGACGGUGAUGGGCUUGAAAUCAUCUGCGCAGAUCCGAAGAACCGCACACGCAACAUCGCUCCACUCAUUUACGUACCCUAUGGAUGUCCAGAGAUGGCGGAGUAUUACCGGAAGGUUGCGCGAGAGAAGCCGCACCUUGGGCUGAGGGUUGAGGUCCUCCCCAAAAAAUGUGACGACCCCCAGUUCGUCAAGAGCUUGAAUGAUAAGCCUGGUAUUCUGGCGCUCGCGAUGCGGGAUGCGGUUGACGAGAAUGGGAUUAAGACGCUCAAGGGGAUUCCAUUUAUCGUACCAGGUGCACGGUUCAACGAGUUGUAUAACUGGGAUUCGUACUUCAUCUCUCUUGGUCUACUGGUCGAUGGUAUGCUCGAAAUGGCCCAGGGCAUGGUGGAACAUUUCUGUUUCGAGAUCAAGCACUACAACAAGGUCCUGAACGGAAGUCGAUCCUAUUACUUGUGCCGCACGCAACCUCCUUUCUUGACCGACAUGGCCCUUCAAAUCUACAACCAGAGCGAGCAGACGCCCGAGCGCAAGCUCUGGCUGAAGCGGGCAAUCCAAGCUGCUAUCAAGGACUAUCACACGAUCUGGAUGGCCGAGCCGCGAAUGGACCCUGUGACAGGCUUAUCACGUUACCGUCCUGCAGGCUCUGGUAUCCCUCCAGAGACAGAGGCGACGCACUUUACGCACAUUAUCGAGCCGUUCGCUCAGAAGCAUGGGAUCUCCAUCCUCGAGUUCUCAGAGAAGUACAACAGCGGGGAGAUCAAAGAGCCCGAACUGGACGAGUACUUCCUGCACGAUCGGGCCGUGCGUGAGAGUGGGCACGACACCACCUACCGGUUCGAAAAGCGCUGCGCGAACCUGGCGACGAUCGACCUCAACUCGCUGCUGUACAAGUACGAGGUAGAUAUUGGCAGCGCCAUUCUUGAGGUGUUUGAUGACGCGCUCGAGCUGGACGAAGAGUUCCCUCUCACCCCCUUCCCCCCCUCGCCCGAGUCGUACGCUGUCCCCACGUCUAAAUGGCCAAAGUCUACUGCUGGUCUCCAGUCGAGCGAAGAAUGGUUCCGCCGAGCCGACCUACGCAAGGAGCGGAUUGACCAGUACCUCUGGAACGAGGGCAAGAGGCUGUACUUCGACUACGACACAGUGCAGCAGAAACAGAGCCUGUAUGAGACUGUCACGUCUUUCUGGGCACUGUGGGCCGGGUGCGCGAGCGAAGAUCAGGCAUGGCAACUAGUCCAAUAUGCGCUGCCGAAGUUCGAGGUGCUUGGCGGGCUUGUCUCCGGUACGGAAGAGAGCAGGGGUAAGAUAUCCCUCGACAGGCCUAAUCGGCAGUGGGACUACCCCUAUGCUUGGCCACCGCAUCAGAUCAUGGCUUGGGUCGGGCUGGAGCGGUAUGGGUACCUGGAUGUCGCCCAGCGGCUGGCGUAUAGGUUCUUGUAUAUGAUGACCACCGCUUUUGUCGACUUUAAUGGGGUGGUACCUGAGAAGUUCGAUGCUGUCAAGCUGUCGCAUUUGGUGGAUGCAGAAUACGGCAACCAGGGCAUCGACUUCAAGAUGGUCCCACGCGAAGGCUUCGGGUGGAUGAACGCCGCCUACCAAGUCGGCCUGCACUACCUUACAACACACAUGCGACGCGCGGUUGCGGCAUGCACGAGCCCAGAAGUGUUCUUCAAGCGACGCGACCCCGGCGUGACAGAUGAACAGAGGGCGAAGAUGGCUGCUGUCGCUGAGCCCGUUGCGCUCACGAUUGAUCAUGUCGAUCUGGAGGUGAUUAACAGCUCUGCGCUGCCACCACAGUGAUCGCCAACCUGGAUCUUGCGUUGUGCUGGACUUUGGUUCGGGCCUUGGUGCAACCCCAUGGACUCUCGAUAUCCUCCUUUGGUGUAACCUCUCGGCUUUCUAUCCGUCCGCAUAUCCUCCUUUCUCGGCAUUGACCGCCCUAAUACCUGUUCGACCACCUUCAACCUCUUCUUCCCAUCCACUCUCUUCCCAAUUGUGCGAUACUUCCCCAUCAGUCGACUGUGAUGUACCAAAGCCAAGUGAAUCCUUUCCUUCCGCUAGCGUACCGUUUCUCACCUCGUUCUCUUUGUAUAUAUCUCACUAAGUCUGUUUUCUUCCUCUCUUCCUCUCGUUUCUCAAGCAAAGCCUGUGAGCUGAUGUUCCGGCUAAUAACACAAAC